AUGAAUCCCUUUCUACUUUUGGGGGUAUCGAUGUUGGCUACCACAGUCAGUCUCUAUCUUGUCCCAUUUUGUAAGACUGCAGUGUUACUGAUUGUCAUGACAUCCGUCUUCGGUGCUUCCAUGGGUAUUCUGGAUACAGGUGGUAACGUCUUAAUCUUGGCUAUUUGGGGGGACAGAGGAGCCCCGCAUAUGCAGGCCUUACACUUCAGUUUUGCCUUGGGUGCCUUUCUGGCCCCACUGCUGGCUAAGCUGGCAUUGGGCCCGCCAGCGUCUGCCGAAAACCACACCCAGGCCGCCGGGAACCGCUCUGCCCUUCGCCUGUCACCUGAAGCCGACUCAGAGCCUCUGUUUGGAGUACCGGACAAUAUGAGUUUACUGUGGGCUUAUGCUGUUAUCGCUACUUACAUAUUUGUAGUGUCUAUCUUCCUUUUUGCUCUGCUUUUCACAAAGAGAUCACAGCAGGAAAAAGCAAAGACCUCCGCUCAGAGGUCUCGAAGAGCUAAAUAUCACAACGCACUUCUCUGUCUCCUCUUCCUGUUUUUCUUUUUUUAUGUUGGAGCCGAAGUGACGUAUGGCUCUUACAUUUUCUCAUUUGCAACCACGCAUGCUGGCAUGACGGAGGGCGAAGCGGCCGGGCUGAACUCCAUCUUCUGGGGGACCUUUGCCACCUGCAGGGGCCUGGCCAUCUUCUUUGCUACGUGUUUACAGCCUGGAACCAUGAUUGUGUUGAGCAACAUCGGCAGCCUGCUGUCCUCUCUGCUCCUGGUGCUUUUCAACAAGAGCCCCAUUUGUCUGUGGAUCGCGACAUCCGUGUACGGGGCCUCCAUGGCAACCACGUUCCCCAGCGGCAUCUCGUGGAUUGAGCAGUACACGACCAUCCGCGGGAAAGCCGCGGCGUUUUUUGUCGUGGGUGCUGCCCUGGGAGAAAUGGCUAUUCCUGGGGUCAUUGGGAUUCUUCAAGGCAGAUACCCUGACCUGCCUGUCGUUAUGUAUACCUCUCUGGGGUCAGCAGUAGCCACGGCCGUUUUAUUUCCUGUGAUGUAUAAAUUGGCCACCUCACCCCUCAGUCGUCAGCAGAAAGAACACAGGAAAAGCGAGGACCAGAAAUCGUUGCUCUCCAGCUCUGGGCUAAAUGACCAGGAGGAGGAGGAUGAAGAAGAUGAUGCAGAGAGAUGGAAUGCAAUGGAUUUUGAAGUGAUUGAAAUGGAUGACGCCAUGAGGAUUUCUGUAGAAGAGACGGCUAGAAAUGCUGUGGUGGAGUCCACCGCCGAAGUCUCCAGCCAGUUCCACUCCGAUGCGUUAGUGUGCGAGUUCUCUCCAGUGACUGCCGGCAAGUCCCCUGGGAAUCGCCCUGCAAGAAGCCAGGACAAGAGGGACUAA